AAAAGAGAACUGUAAUAAGCUUGAUUCAUUUUGUGAAUGGGUGACUGAAAUGGAUUCAAAAAUAAGUACAUGUAAUGUUGUUCAAUGUAAUGCAAUAGAAAACACAUUAAAAAAACUUCACAUGCUUAUAGAGGAGCAUAUAGAAAAUCAAGAUGUUUUACUCACUAUUACGAAAAACUUAGUUCAACCUGAUGAAGUCAUUCAACUAGACCAAACAACGGCUAAAUUUAAAAAUCUUCAAGAUAUUUUGCACAAAAAAAAACUGGUGUUAGAAAAAAUUAAUGAAUUCUUUAAUUGGAAUACAACUAUUAAAGCCCAAUUGGAUCAUUUGGAGUUUAAAAUUGAUAGUAAUCAAGUAGUUGUCAACAUAUUCGAAGAAGUCAAUGAUAGUGUUAAUGAAUUAAAGCAAUGGAGAAACAAUUGGAAUUCAAUUGAAAACUUACUUAACCAAAGUAAUACAACAGUUGCUGACUUAUCCUUUGACGAUUGUUUCAGAUAUUGUGAGGGAAAAAUAAGCCAAUUAAACGAAAAAAUCAGGAUUAAAGAAGAACAUGAACAAAAAAUUGAGCAAUGUCAAUCUGUUAUAAUAAAUUUAAGUAAAAGUAUAAACGAUACAAUUGAUAAAGUAGAAAAAGACAUAGUUGAUCUAUUGUUCUCCGUGAAACAUUUCUCUGAUAUUCAAUCUGUAUUAUCAAAUUUACAAAAUUUAAUUGAUAUAAAUUCAUUAGAUAAUAGUUUAGAGAGUCUAGAAACUGAGAUUAGAUUGUUUAUUGAAUUAGAUAAAUCAAAAUCAGCUGAAAUUCAAUGUAAUAUUGUAGAACCAAAAACUAAAUUAAGUCAAUUAAAAUCUAAGUUAGUUAACAUAUUUAACAAUUUAUCUAAAAUACUUGAAAAUUGGCAAAUUUGUUCAUUAAUAAGUGAUAAACUCAAAUCAUCUCAAAUAAAUUGUAAGGAAGUUUUAAAAUCUAUUGAUUAUCCAAAUGAUGUUUCUGAA